AUGUUGGAAUCCGAGAAACUAGAAUGGCUACGUAAAAAUCAACCAAAGCUUCGGGUGUCAAAGUACAACUCAUUAGAGAAAGAGGGCGAUCAAAGUCAAGCACCAGGAAUAAGCAUAGGUAAACGAGUUGUUUUGCCUUCUUCCUUUGUUGGCGGCCGUAGGUUUAUGGAUCAAUUGUACUAUGAUGGGAUGGCUAUAUGCAGUAAAGUCGGAUUUCCCGAUUUGUUUAUUACUUUUACAUGUAAUCCAAAUUGGCCGGAAAUUCAAAGAGUUCUUGGACCUCUUCAUCUGAAGCCUCAAGAUCGACCGGAUGUUAUUUCAAGAGUUUUCAAAAUCAAGUUCGAUCAAUUGCUUUCAGAUUUAACAAAAAAAGGCGUUCUUGGGAAAGUUCUGGCUUAUAUGUACACCAUUGAGUUCCAAAAGAGAGGAUUACCCCAUGCCCAUAUAUUGCUGUUUUUGCAUCCUUCAAACAAAUAUCCAAGGCCCGAAGACAUUGACAAGAUCAUUAGUGCUGAAGUCCCCGAUCCCAGAACACACCCUCGGUUGUACAAUUUAGUUAAAUCUCACAUGGUUCAUGGUCCUUGUGGUUUGAAAUUUCAGCCUACAACCAUAGUGGACCACGAGGGCUAUCCGGUUUAUAGGAGAAGAAACAACGGACACACAAUUGAAAAAAACGGCAUCAUCUUUCAUAGCGGUCAUGUGGUUCCUCACAAUCCAAGUUUGUUGUUGAAAUACGAAGCUCACAUCAACAUGGAAUGGUGCAACCAAAGUACUUCCAUCAAAUACCUUUUCAAAUAUAUUAACAAAGGUUCGGAUCGUAUUUCUGCAAUCAUACAAGCAUGUUGGAGGAUUUUUUCUUAUUCUAUACAUGGAAGGAAGCCAGCUGUAGAGAGACUGUUUUUUCAUAUGGAAGGUGAAAACUCUGUGUACUACAAAGACUACGAGCAAGUUGGUGAUGUUUUACUCAAACCAAGUGUAACCGAGUCAAUGUUUACAGCUUGGUUUGAGGCGAACAAAACCUAUGAGGAAGCAAGAGAACUAACUUAUGGUGACUUUGUUUCUAAAUUUGUCUAUCAUAAGAGAAGUCGGACUUGGAAACCAAGGAAACGAGGGUAUACCAUUGGGCGACUAAUUUGGGUUCCUCAAAGCACCGGUGAAUUGUUUUAUUUAAGAAUGAUGCUCACUGUCACAAAGGGUCCUUUAUGCUAUAAUGACAUUAAGAAGGUUGAUGGAAAACAACUUAAAACUUUUAGGGACGCAUGCUUUGCGAUGGGAUUUCUACAAGAUGAUCGAGAAUUUGUCGAGGCGAUCAAAGAGGCACACCUUUGGGGUUCCGGUCCUUUUUUACGCAAGUUGUUUGUGACAAUGCUGUUAUCUUCUUCCAUGAAUAAACCCGAACAUGUUUGGAGAAAGACUUGGAAGUAUUUAUCAGAUGGCAUUCUUUACGAUCAACGCUCAUUCACAAGAAAUCAAGGUAUUCUAUUUUUACAAAAACAGUAG